AUGGCGCCUCACCACGCCGGCUCCAGAAAGCGGCGCCGUGAGCCCAUCAACGUCAACACCAAGCUGGUAGAAAUAUAUGAAGACCUCGCUAGCGAAAACGACGAGGUCAGGCUUAGGGCGGCGCAGGCGCUUGUCUCGCAAUUCACCCCGGAUAAGAAUCCCGAGGAUGAGCAGAUCCAGAAGACCUUGCAGAGACUCUUCCGUGGGCUUUGCAGUAGUCGCAAAGCUGCGCGCAUUGGGUUCUCGAUUGCGUUGACGGAAGUGCUUUCGCAGGUUUUUGCUGCGGGGGUGGAGAGGCCUUCGGCUGCUUUGGAUGUCCCUGGUGUUUUGGGAAUCUGGGAGUCUGUCUCGAACGCGGCGGCGAGUGAGUCCAAGCAGGAACAAAAAGAUCAUCAUUUUGGCCGUCUUUUCGGUGCAGAGGCUAUCAUUAAGUCUUCUAUUCUUUUCAGCCCUAGGGCUUUGUUCCCUGAAUGGAAGAAGGUCCUGGGGUUGGUCUUUGACUUGGCUAAGAAGAAGCCUUGGAUUAGGGAAGAGUGUGGCUGGAUUGUGUAUCGUUGCAUUCAUGACAUUUCAUCCCAGAAGGCCGACGCCAAACUAGUUGAGACUGCCCUUCAGAUUUUGUGUUCCAACGACCUGGCGCGAACACCGGAGGGUGUUGCCAUUUGGCUGGCUGCUAAGGAUCGAUUCCCUGGAAUUAGCUUCCCUAGCAAAGUGUGGAAACAUGAUGAUCCACUGGACUCGAAGGAGAGGAACCAGCUGGUAAAGGCCAUGAAAGAAUCUUCGAGUGCUGAUUCUGAGGGUGAGGGGGAGAAGGGCGCAAAGGCAUCUGGCGUGUGGAAUUCGAAGCUUCACUUUGCUUGGGAUGCUGCCUUGCUUAGCCUAAACAGCACUGCGAAGCAGUCUUCCAAGUCUAAGGGCUCAGCUAGCCGCCUUAGCUUUGCCGAUUUCUGGACUGAGGUUGUUGAUAAUGGACUCUUCGCCUCGGCUUCAUCUGAAGAACGGAAGUACUGGGGAUUUCUUCUCUUUAUCAAAGUGAUCAACGAGCACAGCUUAGAACUGGCUUCUCACGUAUUCACGAAGAAUCUGGUUCGAUGUCUCACGAACCAGCUCGCAGUCGAGGACCGAUACCUGCACCGGAUGGCAGUCAAGGCUGCAAAAGCCAUCCAGUCCCGCGUAUCGAAGGAGCCCGAGUUCGCUGCUGCAUCUAUCGAUGGCCUCAUGGGCUCCGCAGGCGCUGUGAACUUCGACCAAAUCACCAAGACCAAAACCGUGGAGAAGAUUGUGGCCGAGGCUAACCUGGACGCAUUGAACGCGAUCCUACCUCUGUUCGAGAAGCUCGUUGCGUCCCCUGGAACAAGCGACAGCAAGGCUGCCGCCUCAAACCGACAGGUCCUGGCUGGUUUGAUGUUGUCGGUGGUUCGGGCUCGUGUGUCGGCUAGCGAUGCAGCAGACGCGGGUUCCGAGGCCGCGCUCGAGCGGAUCCUAUUUACAUUCGCUCGCUUCGCGUAUUUUACGAGUGAGGAUGAAAAAAGCGGUGCGCAGCCGCCGUUUACCCAACAAUCGCAGGAGCUGUUCCGGAGUAGGAUCAAUUCAUCUCUCAACAGCAUCAUCGCCGCCCAGAAGCAUGCUGCUACCCUACCGUAUGCGGUUGUCCGCAAGAUCCGCGAUGCAGCCAAGUCCGAGGAGUUUGGCAAGUUCAUUAUCACCAUGGAUGACACUCUUAAGGAUUCCGUGAAGGGUGCGUUCAAGGCGCUGAAGAAACUAUCGAGCUCGGAAACCUCCGCAGCUGGUGUCGACGCAUUCAAACUUCUCUACUCCAUGACAAUCCUUCAAGUCUACAACGGUGACGCAGACGCCGCGUCCAUGCUCGAGGAACUCGAUUUCUGCUACAACAAGAUUUUCGGGGACAAGAAGUCAAAGAAGGAAGAAGAGACCUCGGAAGCCUCAGACGCCCUGGUUGAGAUUCUUCUCAGUUUCGCUUCUAAGCCCUCCCAGCUUUUCCGUCGUAUGAGUGAGCAGGUCUUCGCAGCGUUCGCACCGAAUGUCACUGCAACCGGGUUGGAAUCUUUGACCUCGAUCCUGGAAGCGAAAGAGAGUCUCGCCGGUCAACAAGAGAUGUUCGACCAGCAAGACGACGAAGAGGACGUUGAGGGAGACGAAGACGAAGACGAAGACAUGAUAGACGUCGACGAAGAAGACAGCGACGUUGAAGUUGUAAAUCCGGAAGAUGACAACGCCUCGUCCGCAUCAGAAGGAGAAGGAGAAGGGGAAGAGGGCAACGAUGAAGACGCCGCCGAGAUUGCCGCCUUUGAAGCAAAACUGGCCUCAGCACUCGGCACGCACCGCGCGGACCAAGACCUCAAGGAAGAAGAAUCCGAGUCUGACGAAGACAUGAACGACGACGAGAUGGACGAGGUCGACACGCAGUUGGCCAAGGUCUUUAAGGCACGCCACGACGCUCUAAGCAAGAAGCAGGACAAGAAGGACGCAAAGGAGACAAUGGUGAAUUUCAAGAACCGCGUGCUGGAUCUUCUUGAGAUCUACGUGAAGAAGUGCCACUCGUCUAUCCUUGCUUUGGAUCUUAUUCUCCCGCUACUACGACUAACGCGGCGCUCCUCGGUGAAGCAGAUUAGCAACAAGGCUAAUUCUGUGCUUCGUGAGUAUACGAAGCUCUGUAAGGGGACUUCGGUCCCGGCUCUUGAACCAGACUCUGUUGAGCCUGUUUGGGAGUUGUUGAAGGCCAUCCAUGGCGACGCAAUGCAUAGUGGGCCGCCGACGCAUGGGUCUGGCUGUAGCCAGGCAAGUCUGCUUGUUGUCAAGGUUUUGACGGCGCACGACAAGGAUGCUGUCAAAGGGAUUGUGGAUGUUUAUGGUGAGACGAGGAAGAGCCAGCUUCUUAGUUCGAAGUGCCAUGUGCAGCCGACAUUUUUUACGGAUUGGAACAACUGGUGUGUUUCGGCGAGUCGGGCGAUGAAGAACUGA